AUCAAUCAUGGCAAAAAAUAUUAUGUUACUGUGCCUAGUAGCCUUGUCUUUUGGUUUUCUUGCAUAUGCAUUUGAGCCUAGCCCUUUGCAAGAUUUCUGUGUAGCUGAUACGUCCAGCUCAGCAAGAGUGAAUGGGCAUGUCUGCAAGAACCCUGGAUCAGUUGGCGCUGAGGACUUCUCCUUUAGCGGCCUGCAUAUGCCCGGCAACACCUCCAACCCUAACGGCUCGAGGGUGACCCCGGUCACUGUUGCCCAGUUGCCGGGGCUCAACACCCUCGGAAUCUCCAUGGUGCGCAUUGACUACGCUCCGUGGGGAAUCAACCCUCCCCACACUCACCCCAGAGCCACUGAGAUCUUGGCUGUCAUUGAGGGUUCACUUGAAGUAGGGUUUGUGACCUCCAAUCCCGACAAUAGGCUCAUCACAAAGACCCUUCAGAAGGGCGACGUUUUCGUGUUCCCGAUUGGACUCGUUCACUUCCAGCGCAAUGUGGGGACUAAAAAUGCAGUUGCCAUAGCUGCAUUGAGCAGCCAGAACCCUGGAGUCAUCACCAUUGCUAACGUUGUUUUCGGGUCGAAGCCCGAUAUUAGUAGCAAUGUUCUUGCCAAGGCCUUCCAGAUCGAGCAGAGUGUUGUGUAUCAUCUCCAGGCCACAUUCUAGGAGAGCAGAUUUCGUGCUCUGUUUUGCCGUUUAUUUGCUUUGCCGUGUCACAUAUGUUUCUUUUUCUUUCUUUUCUUGCUUGAUUUCGGCAAGUAAUUUUUUUUAAUGAGUGAUGUGAUAGCUAUAAGUCCACAUUGUAAUUGGUUUCAAUC